AUGGUUGCACCUACUUCAAGAACUCUCCUACUCCUUGGUUCUGGCCCAGGAAUCGGUGUAGCCGUGGCAUCUCGUUUUGCCCAAGAGCGGUUCGAUCAUGUUGCCCUUUUUGCCCGGACCCAAUCCCAGCUCCAGCAGGACAAGGACGCCAUCCAGUCCGCAACACAAAAGGUCGGGCGCCAGGUGAUUGUCAAGACAUGGCAGGUGGAUAUCAGUGAUAUGGACCAGCUCAAAGCCGCGUUGGAGGAGGUCGAGUCAUUUGGCACGCUCGAAUGCGUGUAUUUCAACCCGGCACGAGUGGGCGAGAGCAUGUUCUUUGAUUUUCAAACUGAGAAGAUUGAAAGUGACUUUCAGAUCUCUGUAAUUGCACUGUAUGUGACAGCCAAAUGGGCGAUGCCCUUACUCCUGAAGACAAGGGAAAAUAACCCGGGCGCGGACUACAAACCGUCAAUCCUUGUUACGAGCAGUCUCCUGCCUGUCGACCCGAUCCCCGAGCUCUUCUCUUUGUCACUGGUGAAAGCUGCGCAGGCAAACAUGGUCAAGUCGCUGGAGAAGACGUUCAAGGCUCGAGGUGUACAUGUUGGAAUGGUGAUUGUUGGAGGAAUUGUUUCGCCAGAUGCGUCAUCGCUGAAUCCUACCAACAUUGCUGAACGAGCUUGGGAUUUGUUUCAGCGAGAUGAGCUGUCUGAUGUGACUAUUGUAUAG